UCAGCUGCAUACUAGUCUGAGUUAAGCAUUUUGUAAGUUGCUUUAAGCAGUGCCGACUCAUCGCUGAAAAGAUCUUUACCAAAACAUCUUUACACCCUUACUACUCCAGAUACUUCAAAGUUUCCUUUAUUAAUCAACGACGUAUCACUAAUUCUUCAUCUAACAAUAUGAUUAUAACACUAAAAAACUUGCAGCAGCAGACGUUUACAGUAGAAAUUGAUCCAUCGCAAACAGUAAAAGAUUUGAAACAAAAGAUUGAAACUCAAAAAGGUUUUCCUGCGAAAUAUCAAAAGUUAAUAUAUGCUGGAAAAAUAUUAACAGAUGAUCACCCAUUAGCAGAAUAUAAUAUAGAUGAAAAAAAGUUUAUAGUUGUUAUGGUGACAAAACUAAAAACUGGUAAUGGACAUACGACUGAAGAAGAACAUACUACAAAUACAGAUAAUAAAGAAGAAAGUAGUACAACCAGCUCAGUAGCACAACCUAGUUCAAACCCUACUGUUCAAGGAGCAUCAAAUCCUACUAAUACUGCACAAGAGCAAUCUGAAGCAAGUACUACUGCUGGAUGUGUUGGAGGUCAAGCUGAAAGUGCCUUGUUAAUGGGUGAAGAUUAUAAUACUAUGGUGAACAAUAUUGUGGAUAUGGGAUACGAACGUGAACAAGUUGAACAAGCGUUGAGAGCAAGUUUCAACAAUCCUGAUAGGGCUGUUGAAUACCUUUUAACAGGAAUACCAGCUCAGCUUUUUGAAGAUUUACCAGAAGAUCAACUUGAAGCACAAGAGCAACUUCAAGAUCAUGGUCAGCAUCCAUUAGCGUUUUUGCGAAUGCAACCUCAAUUUCAACAAAUGCGUCAAGUCAUUCAACAAAAUCCUCAGUUAUUAAAUGCUGUUCUACAACAAAUUGGACAAACUAACCCUGCAUUGUUACAACUUAUUUCACAAAAUCAAGAAGCAUUUGUGCGUAUGCUUAAUGAGCCUGUAGAAACUACUGGUGGUACAGGAGGGAGAACUACACCUGUAUCUGCAGCUAAUGUUACACCACCAACUGCUCCUGGUGGUAUAAGUGGAGGUCUUGGCGCUGGUAUAGGAGCAGGAUCGGAUGUAGAAGCUUCUGUAAUUCAGGUAACACCUCAGGAUAAAGAAGCUAUUGAGAGGCUGAAGGCAUUAGGAUUUCCGGAGCAUUUAGUUGUACAAGCCUAUUUUGCGUGUGAAAAAAAUGAAAAUCUGGCUGCUAACUUUUUGCUGUCACAAAGUCUUGAUGACUGAAGUAACGUACUUUAUUGAUUUCAUAAUAAGGAGUUAAAGGACUGAUAUAGGGUGGGUAAUUACACAGGCGUCUUUUUAUUUUGGACUGGUCAUCUUUACUUUGUAUAUAAGUAUGCACAUAUAUUUAUGUUACAUUAAUCCUUUAGCUAGAUGCUAAUCUUACAUUAGCAUAUUUGAUAAAUCAUACAAGUUUACUGAGACUAUAUACCAAAAUACUUUAUGCGUUAAAUUCUUGAUAGUUUUAAAUUAUCGAUUUCAAAAUAUAUAACUUUACACCUUUUUAAAUAUUUUGAGAUUGAAAUUUGAUAUUUUGCACAAGUGUCAUAAUCCAUCCUUGCAGUCUGAAAAUUACUCUUUGGCGAAACUUUUUGUUUUAUGAAUAUAUGGAACAGUGUAAUUACAUUUUUAUAUAAGAAAGCCUGGUUGUUUAAAGAAUUGAUAUACAAAAAUAUAAAUACUUUGUAGUAUUUAUAUGUUGGAGCUAUUGUACAAUUACACAUACAUAUAAAUCCGCAUUAAUGAACAAGGAUAUAUGUGUAUUUAAAACAUAUGUAUGUACAUGACAAGCACAUUUUGUACAUUUGAUAGGCUUUCUAAUAUAAAAAUUAUGUAAGUGCAUCCGUAUAUGUAUGAUUGCAUAUGUAUAUAUGUGUGUACUUGCGUAUAACUUGCGCCUAUGUAUGUAUGUAUAAAAAAGUCUCGUAUUUUUUAAACAAAAGUGGUGAAGAUAGUUAUUCAUUAAUAACACAUUAUAAGUCAUUUCAUUUGUCACCAAAUAACGAAAUGUAAGAAAUUCUCAAGUGAAAAGAAAGAAAAUUUAAAUAACAUAUACACAUAUAUUGUUUUAAAUUUGCUUUGACCUCGAUAUCUCAAUCCAUUCUUCAUCUGAAAAAAGCUCGAUUAACUUAUGACUACUUAGUUAAUAAGAAAUAAUCAUAUAUGAAAUAUCUUAAAUAGAUAAAUACAAGUUGACAUACAAGAACUAUGAAUCUAAAAAAAAAAAUUACAAUUAACUUUCUAUAAAAGUGAAGGCAAUGAGAUUAUUAAUAUUAUUAAACUGCAUUCAAUAGGUUGUAGCCUUAACAUAGUAAUAUGUAACUUAUUAGGAAUCGUUCGAAUUUUUAAGAUACUAGUACUGAUAUUAAAAUUUUAUUAGAAAUAUAGCACAAUGUAAAACAAAUACUAUUGCAAAAUUGCAUAUUUAAUAAAUAAAAAUGAUGAGUCUAGGCACAAA